AUGGUUGAAGCUAUUGUUGGCAGUGUGUUGCAAAUACUUGGUCGUUUAUUGAUUGAAGAAGCCAAAUUCUUGUCGGGAGUCACAGAUCAGGUCAAAGGAAUAAGCAGAGAGCUAAAGCAUGUGCAAUGCUUCCUAAGAGAUGCUGAUGCAAGAGAAUAUAAAGAUGAAGUUGUUCGCAAUUGGUUGAGGGAGGUCAGAAGCCUUGCUUAUAGAAUUGAAGAUACUGUUGAGAUGUUUGCAAUUGAAAUCGCAGGUAAUCGGGGAAAAGUGAUAUUGACAACAUUUGGUUCUAUCUUUGCAGAGGGCAGAUCUCGCCAUUUUCUUGGGUUGGAGAUUGGAAAACUUAAAACUGACAUAAAUAAUCUCAUUACAAGUUUUCGCGGAUAUGAUGUAAGAGCUAUGAGCGAAGCAGAAAGCUCAGGUGCAACUACAAAUGACAAUCUCAAGUGGGCAAGACAAACUUAUGCCCAUGAGGUUGAGGAAUAUUUUGUUGGGAAAGAAGAAGACAUCAGGAAAUUGGUGUCACUCAUGGUUGACGACAGCAAGCACCAUGCUAUAAUCUCCGUAUGGGGCAUGGGAGGUCUUGGAAAGACGACCAUGAAAGAAAAUAUCAAGAAUAUCGAAGAUAGGGAGUUGGUUCGACAACUUUAUCGAGUGCAAACAGAGUAUAAGUGCCUAAUUGUUCUUGAUGACAUUUGGUAUGUGCAUGAUUGGGAGAAUCUAGUUCAUGCAUUUCCGGUUGUUGAAGGGGGCAGCAAAAUGAUGCUCACAACUCGCACAAAAGAAGUUGCAGAAAUUGGAUAUCCCUAUGAACUCCAGUGCUUGAAUGAAGAGGAAAGUUGGGAGCUGCUAAAAGCUACAAUAUCCUCAAGGAAAUAUGUCAAAGAUCUCAAGAUUGAAAAAAAUCUAGAGGCCGUUGGCAUCGAAAUGGUACGCAAGUGUGGGGGUCUACCAUUAGCACUUCAUGUGCUUGGAGGAAUUCUCAAAGAUAAGGAUUCAUUGAGAGAGUGGAAAAUUGUGAAUGCAAAUAUUGGUUCAUGUCUGAGCACUAGGAAAGGCAAUGAAGAAGGAUUAGCUGGAGGACCGAUAGCUAGAGUAUGGUCUCUGAGUUAUAAUACCUUGCCAUACUAUUUGAAACCAUGCUUCCUUUACUUGGGCACUUUUCUGGAGGACGAGUACAUAGAUGCCAAAGAACUCUACCUACUAUGGAUUGCAGAAGGCAUGGUCUUGGGCCCUUACGUACAUAUUAACUGCUCUUUCUCCAUCUCUCGGACCAAUGCGAGACACAACCCUUUACUCAUGAACCUAACAUGUCGCCUUCAUGAUGUGAUGCGAGACUUUUGUUUAAAGAAAGGAAGAGAAGAAGAAUUUUCUGAGGUCAUAGAUCUUCGGGGUGUCGAGAAGCCCUUGUUGGAUUCCUUUUCUCACACCAACAAUGAUGCCUACAGAUUAGUCGUCCACAUAAAUACCAAUGUUGAAGCCCCUAUUAAUGCUAACGCUAUUGUGGAGGAUUUUAAAACAACUUCGUUGUCUUCUUUUUCGCAGUAG